AAAAAACAAUCCUACUGAAUCUCCAAUAGGUUUGCAUGGCAAAUUCAGGAGUUGCAUGCACAGCAUUUCAAAUUAAAUUUCAACGACCGCAUAUUUCAGUAACAGAAGAAAGUUAAAUCAGGGAAUUAUUGAUAAUAAUUCUGGGGGAACUGAGACUAAUUAUCGGUUUUUAUAGGCCUUUAGGCUACAAUAGAAAAAUCCAAAAGAACACGCAAUAUGUCUGUCGCUGGAAAUGAAAUAACAGACGCACAUAACUUGGCUUGACAAACAGGAUAAUAUCUAUAUUUGAUCAUAAACCAGUUAGUAAAGUACUACAAUGCACCUUGCCCAGGAAGCUCCGGUGAAAGGUGUGAACCAAUUCCGACCAAGCAAAGCAAAAAACGGGGCGCGGCACAGUCAAGACUAGAGAAGAUGCACUUCCUGCUACUGUUAAGCCGGCAGGGGAAGUUGCGACUGCAAAAGUGGUUCACUCCGGUGACAGAGAGAGAGAAGAAGAAGGUGACCAGGGAAAUGACUCUGAUGGUGCUGGCUCGCCCUCCCCACUCCUGUAACUUCCUCCUCUGGAGGGACCUCAAGAUUGUUUACAAAAGGUAUGCCAGUCUCUACUUCUGCUGUGGUCUGGAGGACCAGGACAAUGAACUGUUGACCCUGGAGGUGUUGCAACGAUAUGUCGAGCUGCUGGACAAAUACUUUGGCAACGUGUGUGAGCUGGACAUCAUCUUUAACUUUGAGAAGGCAUACUUCAUCCUGGAUGAGUUCCUGGUGGGAGGAGAGCUCCUGGAGACCUCCAAGACAGCUGUGGGCAUCGCUAUGGAGGAGGCAGAGACACUACAAGAGACAAUGGAGGAGUAUAUGAGUAAACCGACCUACUGAACCAAUAACAGGGACGUGAGUCGAAUCUUAAGACCGAAGAAUCCUUUUCUCAAUAAGUGCCACAACAUUUCAAAGAA